AUGCCUCCAAAGCGAACGAGGGCGCGUGCUGAGGAGAGCCCCGUCACUAAUGUGCCUCUGCCCCCGCGGCAUGCAAGGGCGGAACCCGACAGCGGCGUUUCCACAGCACCUCCUGCACAGCGCCGAAGGGUGGAAGAAGCACCUGCGGAAAAACGGUGGACCCUUCACAGUACCGUGGAGGAAGUCUUGCUGGCGGGAGUAGAUGCUACAGGACAAAUGACGCUAAACGACUUCCUUCGGAAGUACCUUGGUCGCAGGUUCGUGGUCGAUGAAGGCCGCGGUGUAAAAAUGUGGAUGUUUGCUCGUAGGCCUGAGAGGUACGUCACGGACCCGGAGCUUCGCGGGGACAUUUUAAGUUUACCAGAGUACCAGGAGUACGCGCUUCGUGCGGACUUAAUCA